CUGACGUGGGCGCGGGGCGGCCCGUGGGCCGGCGCCGCGGUGAUUUGCUGCUCGGCGCGGCGAGCGGCGGCGGCGGCGAUGAGAGCGGGCAGUGCGAACUGCCGGAGCAGCCGCCGGCCGCCAUAGUCGGCACACAAAGCUAGACCCAGAUUUGAACGACAGCAAGGCACCCUAAUGAGUGAACCUCGGGAGCGCUAUGGAUUUGACUAAGAUGGGCAUGAUACAGCUCCAGAACCCCUGCCACCCCACGGGGCUGCUGCACAAAGCCAACCAGAUGCGCCUGGCGGGGACGCUGUGCGACGUGGUCAUCAUGGUGGACAGCCAGGAGUUCCACGCUCACAGGACAGUGUUAGCUUGCACUAGUAAAAUGUUUGAGAUCCUCUUCCAUCGCAACAGUCAGCAUUACACCCUGGACUUCCUUUCACCAAAGACUUUCCAGCAGAUUCUGGAGUAUGCUUACACAGCCACCCUCCAGGCAAAGGUUGAAGACUUGGAUGAUCUGCUCUACGCAGCUGAGAUCCUAGAAAUAGAGUAUCUAGAAGAGCAGUGCUUGAAGAUCUUGGAGACCAUCCAGGCAUCUGAUGACAACGAUGCCGAAGUCACCAUGACGGAUGGAGGUGCCGAUGAAGAGGAGGACAGGAAAUCGAGGUACAUCAAGGGGCUCUUCAUCUCCAAGCAUUCCAGCGAGGAGAGUGGCUAUGCCAGCACGGCUGGACAGAGCGGACCGGGCACUAUGGUGGAGCAGAGCCCCUCGGUCUCCACGUCCUUUGGCCUCUCUGCCAUGAGCCCUACCAAGGCAGCAGUGGACAGCCUGAUGAGCAUCGGGCAGUCACUGCUGCAGGGUGCCCUGCAGCACAACGUCCCCGAGGAGCCGCAUGCUGCCGGCCGCCACCCCGGCCCCAGCGAAGUCAAAACCGAAGUGAUGCAGGUGGAAGAAGCCUCCAGCCAUGAGAGCCCACGGCCGGCGGAGUCGGGUGCUUCCAGUGGGGAGAAAUCUGAUGACAAGAGCAAGGAAGACCCCGGCACCCCGACCCGCAGUAGUGUUAUCACAAGUGCCCGCGAACUGCACUAUGUCCGCGAUGAGAGCGCGGAGCAGCCUCCCGAGGCCGCCCAGGGGAUGCUGGUGGGGCCGGAGCAGUCUGCAGCUGCAAGCGAGAAGCCUUUGGGUGUCUACUCUGUGCUCCCCAACCACAAAAGUGACUCUGUGCUCAGCAUGCCGCCCUCCAUGACAUCCACCCUUCACAUGCAGCCAGCCCUGGCCGUGUCUAUGGACUUUAGCGCUUACGGAGGGCUCCUGCCCCAGGGCUUUAUUCAGAGGGAGCUGUUCAGUAAGCUUGGGGAGUUGGCAGCCGGCAUGAAAACGGAGAGCAGAUCCGUGGGUGAGCAGUGCAGUGUGUGCGGGGCAGAGCUGCCGGACAACGAGACCGUCGAACAGCACCGGAAGCUGCACAGCGGUAUGAAGACGUACGGAUGCGAGUUGUGUGGGAAGAGGUUUCUGGACAGCUUGAGGCUCCGAAUGCACUUACUGGCACACUCAGCGGGUGCCAAAGCAUUUGUCUGUGAUCAGUGCGGUGCGCAAUUCUCAAAAGAAGAUGCCCUGGAGACACACAGGCAGACACAUACUGGUACAGACAUGGCUGUCUUCUGCCUGCUCUGCGGCAAGCGCUUCCAGACACAGACUGCCCUGCAGCAGCACAUGGAGGUGCACGCCGGGGUGCGCAGCUACAUCUGCAGCGAGUGCAACCGCACCUUCCCCAGCCACACUGCCCUCAAGAGGCACCUGCGCUCCCACACAGGUGACCACCCCUAUGAAUGCGAGUUCUGUGGCAGCUGCUUCCGAGAUGAGAGCACGUUGAAGGGCCACAAACGCAUCCACACCGGGGAGAAGCCCUAUGAGUGCAACGGCUGCGGCAAGAAGUUCAGCCUGAAGCACCAGCUGGAGACCCACUACCGCGUGCACACGGGUGAGAAGCCCUUUGAGUGCAAGCUGUGCCACCAGCGCUCCCGGGAUUACUCGGCCAUGAUCAAACACCUUCGGACCCACAAUGGCGCUUCCCCAUACCAGUGCACCAUCUGCCUGGAGUACUGCCCCAGCCUCUCCACCAUGCAGAAGCACAUGAAGGGCCACAAGCCAGAGGAGAUCCCCACCGACUGGAGGAUAGAGAAGACCUAUCUCUACCUCUGUUAUGUCUGAGGGACACGGAGGGGAUGCGGGGCUGAGUCGUGGAGGACUGGGCAAAAAAAAAUAAUGCAUCGUCCAUGGCCUUUUGUUUCCAUUUUUCGUUUGUUGCUGUUGCUGGAAGGAUCCCUCACUGGGGUUGAGGAUGGGGAGGUGUGGGCACGUGGUGCUCACUGUGCUCGCAGCGUGGGGGUCACACGCUGGGAACACCGGGGGCUGCAAUCUGCCAUUCCCACCCACAGCCCCUUCCCCUCCCCAGCCCCUUGGCCCUCUAUUGGGUUGCGUGUCCCCUGACCCCAGUCCCUUUGCCACCACCAACCAGCAGCCAUCCCACCCAGCACAGGUGGCAUCAGGUUGAUUGUGUGCGAACAGCGUAGUUUGUGCCUCACCUUGACAUUGUGAGUGUGAGCAGCGAUUUGGGAACGCUUUAAUUUCAUCUUCUCCCUUCUAAUCCCCAUCAGUGACCCCUUUGGAGGAGCUGUCGUGGACCCCUCGGGGUGAGACGGUUACCCUUGGGUUCAGCGGGAGAUCAACACCUCGCAUGUGGGACAGCGCCCGGGGCUGCGCUCACCCAUUGGGCCCUACUGGGGGGUUCUAUGGGGUGCUGCUGGUGUUCCCACAGCUUUGACAAAAAUCUGGAGUGAAGACCUCUGGUUUGUAGGGGUUGCGUGAGGCCGUGAUCCUCCUCCUGACCAAAGACCUUUCUAUGCAUUUCUUUUUUUCCUUUUCUUCUUAUUCGUGAGGGGAAGACGAAGCCUUCAGCAGGAGGAUGAAGCUGGGGGCUGCGUGCUGCUCCCUGUCCCCAUUGAAGCUGCAGCUCCUGUCCCACAGCAUCCCUGGCCCUUGGGUGAUGCUGGGCCAGGAGAUUCUCUCUUUUCUUUGUGUUUUCGGGUGCUUGGAAUGUGCCAAUGCUUUUUUUUUUUGCCCAGCCCUCAACUCCCAGAGUCUGCAAUGGAGCAGACUGUAACGAAUGGCUUUGCUCUGUUUUGGUUUGAGUGUUGUUGUGUUGGUUUUGUGGGGUUUUUUUUUGGUGGGUUUUGGUUUUGUUUUGUUCUUUUGCUUUUGGUUUAUUUCUUCAGUGUUUUUGACUCUUUCUGCGUUUAGCACAUUUUACUUGAAAUUACCUCGUUUUUUUGUGACCUCAUGAGCUUUUAUUGAUUUGGGGGGGGGGGAGGGGGGGGUUGGUGUUAUUGAAGUGAUGGGGCCGGCUCAGGGCCACGCAGGGGCCGGUGAGGUGGAGAUGCCAGGGAGGGGAUUGCGUGCUGGGCCCCAUUGGCCACCUCUCGUGCAUUAUCCUUUACCAAAAUGGUAUUUUUUGGAGCAGCCUGACAGAGCUUGGCUCGCCGGUUUGGAAAGCUACCUCUUGUGUUUGUUUUUGUUGUGUUUUGACUUUUUUUUUUUUAUUAUUAUUUUUAUUAUUUUUCUUUUUGCAGUGACAGAAGCACAGUUUGCAAUAUUUGUGUUCGCUUUGUGAUGCCAUUUGGGUUUUCAUCUCAUGCUUUACUUGCAAUGGUGUAUUAUUUUGUAAUUUAGCUGCGUUUGUAUUAAAUUGGGGAAGGAGGGGGGGAGGGGGGGGAGAAAUUAGGGAAAGGUUUUGUAGAUGGGAGUAAAGGGAAGAGAGCAGGGUGUCUGUACUGCUGUCCCCUGUCCCCUUGCUCCCUCACUGUCGGAAACGUGAAGGCCUUAAUCUGGGGAAUUCGCUGCCGUGUGACAGCGAGGUGGGGCAGGACGCAGCCCGGCGACGUGUCGGUGCUGCAGGGAGGGGAGCAUGAAACUUGAAUAGGAAAGUGGAGCAAGUUGAGCGCCAUCUGUAAUGUGAAAGCCCGGGGUGCGCUUCAGGGCUGGCGUCGAUGCCACGAGCUUUUGGGGUGCUGUGCAGCUCCAAAUAGGGUGGGUUUGCAAUCGUUCAUAUGCAGAGCGUCGCCCUUUGGCCAUGCACAGGGUUUGCUGGGGGGGUGUUCAUGGGGGCAGGUGGCUGCGAUGGGGGGCCCUGAGCCGUGGUGGUGCUGAUAGGGGGGUCUGUCCAUGCAGAGCACCCUGCAGCAAUGCCCCAUGUGCACCUGCGAGCAGCAGCACUUUGGCUGCUCCGCGCCGAGGAGGUGAAGCGGGGUGGAUGCUGUUGUAGUACAAUCCAGGAUGUAACUUUGGAGAAUGGCUUGUUUAAUCUUUGUGCCUAAAGAGAAACACACAUACACAACCAACAACAAAACGACACACCAGUUCUUUCGCAUCAACAGUUGCUGCAAUUUCUCACAAGUAUAUGGUACCUUUUUGCAGUGAAUUGGUACUGCUGGUCGUGGGUGUCAUGGUACUGCUGAGUGCUCAGCUGAGCUCACGUGGCUUUUGUUGCUUUAACGUUCCCUCCCUUCUCACUGUCCCCUUCCUCCCCUAACACAGACAUUGGCAUCGUUCUGCUUCAGAGCUCAGCAUGGUGCAGAAUGGGAAUCAGGAUUCCCAUCGGCUCCCAAACAGCACAAGCAGAGUCAAUGCAAGGCUGUGUCUGAUGAUGGGUUGCCCAGCUAGAGGGUGACGUGAUGGCCAGCUUCCCUCUGCGAUGCUCAUGGAGAGCAUGUGCUAUGUGUCAUGCUGAGCUGUGGGCUGUGCCAUGCUGGUGUGUCCCCAUGUUGGGCAGUGCAGCACAGCGCAGUGCCUCCCCCACACCCAGUCCCAGUGUUUGAGUGCACAUCGUAGUAUUUGUUUCACAUAGUGUUACGUAUGCAUGAACUUCUAAGGCUGCGAAGCCAUGGUAAAGCUCCAUGACACCUAUCCAUAUAUAUAUAAGUAUAUAUAUGUAUAUUAUAGCACUGAGGACCAACUGCCCUGCUGGACCAAGCAAACUAAGGCUUUCUUUCGUCGCUUGUCUUUUAUGUCGUGACAGCCCAAGUGCCAGUCUGAUUGCUCUGUAUUAAAACUAGUGUUUGGAAUUAAUUGAUGUUAUAGUUCCGUCUACCUCAGCACCUCCUGGUAGCCUCAUUUUAGAAGGUGCCCAAUUUUUUUGUUGAUGUUUCUUCAGAGUAUGGGUUACUAUUAUUUUUUGUACGAUUGUUUCCUCGCUGUUUGUUCCUUUGCAGUACUGCUUGCGAGUCCUAUCUGUUCUCUAGCCACAGAUGCAGUUAGCUAAAAUUCCCUGGAAAAAAAAAACACAAAAAUGAAUAAAAAAUAAGAAGUCCCGAGUUGUGGUGUCUCCUAGUUGCAGCUCUCCGCAUCUGCCUUCAUUCUGUGUAGAUUCAGAUGCAUUUCUUUGUAAAAACUUCAGUGUUUCUGACAGAGGAAAAGAAAAAAAAAGGAAAAAAAAAAAAGGAAAAAAAAAGAAUAUACUGCUGCAGGUUUUUUUCUCUCCAUGUGUCACUAAGUGAAGUUCGUGCCUUCUAUAGCAAAGAGAAUAUUUUUUACAUCCUACUAACAGUAGAUUUUUUUGUAGUGGACAUUUUUUGUAUUUUUAUUUAUAAGUCUCAUAAGGAAAAUAGCAAUGUUCAGUUGUAUACCUUGAAUCUGCAGUUAGAAGAAACAAUAAAGUUAAUUCAGUUGUCUCA